GAUUCGACGUAGAGUUCCACCUUUUCCAAGGUAUCGGAAAGCUCAGCGGUCAUAUGACAUUCGCGACAGAUCUAUUCAAAAUUGAAAACAUUCAAAAUGUGAUCAACGUCUUUAACAUGGUCCUACGCCAAGGCCUUGGUCAGCGCCAUUCCCCGAUUGCGAUUCUACCACUUACUGAUGGGCUGGCUGGCCUCCGAAAUAUAAGCCAUCCCGAUAUCACAACGACUGAAUACUCUCGUGAGUCAAGCGUGGUCGACCUCUUCCGCGAACAAGUAGCUAUUAAUUCGCAAGCUCUGGCCGUCACGGACUCGUCCUCGCGACUCACAUAUGCUGAAUUGGAUCACCAAUCUGACCUGCUCUCAAGCUGGCUGGGCCGACGGCAUAUGGCGGCUGAGACAUUAGUCGGGGUGUUGGCACCACGGUCAUGUCAAACUAUUACUGCCUUACUCGGUAUCCUGAAGGCAAACCUCGCGUAUCUACCGCUUGACGUGAAAGCUCCUACCGCCCGCUUGGAAUCGAUCAUAUCUGCGUUACCAGGGCGCCAUUUUCUCUUGCUCUGCUCUGAUGAGAUGACGUCUAUGAAGAUUCAGCUGCCUGGUGUGGAGGUAGUGCGAAUCAGCUACAUUCUGGAGCAUCAUGAUAUAAAUGGUCUGAAUGGCCAAGUAUAUACCCCUGCGAGCCCUUCGGCAUCAAGUCUUGCCCAUGUAAUUUUCACAUCCGGGUCGACUGGAAAGCCUAAGGGCGUCAUGAUCGAGCAUCGCAACAUUGUACGACUUGUGAAGGGUACUGUUGUACCCAGGCUCCAAUUGGCGGCAAAUAUCGCCCAUCUAUCCAAUAUCGCCUUUGAUGCCGCUACCUGGGAGAUUUAUACCCCGCUUCUUAACGGCGGGACUCUAGUCUGUAUUGACUAUAUGACCGUUCUAGACAGCAAAGCCCUUGACGCUGUGUUUGCGAGAGAGCAAGUCCACGCGGCAUUGCUUACACCUGCUUUGCUUAAACAGUGUCUGAGUGACAGCCCUACUAUGCUGAGAAGGCUCGACGUCUUGAUCAGUGGUGGCGAUAGGCUCGAUAGUCAGGAUGCAAUUGCGGCACAAGCACUCGUCGGGACGGGUUUAUAUAACGCAUACGGCCCUACUGAGAAUGGAGUCAUCAGUACAAUUUAUAAUGUUACGAAAAAGGACUCUUUUGUCAACGCAGUCCCAAUUGGCCGGGCCAUCAGCGGCUCUGGGGCCUAUAUCAUGGAUCUAUGCCAGCAGCUUGUCCCUGUUGGUGUUAUGGGAGAACUUGUUGUUACUGGGGACGGACUGGCUCGGGGAUAUACCGACACGUCAUUCGAUACAGAACGCUUCAUUCAAGUGAUGAUCGAUGGUCAACUCGUGAGGGCAUAUCGGACGGGUGACCGGGCGCGUUACCGGACGGGGGACGGUCAAAUAGAGUUCUUUGGACGUAUGGACCAGCAGAUCAAGAUUCGUGGCCACCGUGUCGAGCCAGCAGAGGUGGAGCGGGGCAUGCUUGAACACGAAUCAGUCCGCGAUGCUGUCGUCGUCAUACGGAACCAAGAGGGUCGGGGGCCAGAAAUGGUGGGUUUUGUCUUGAACAAGCGAGACCCUUCGAUCGAGCAGGAUGAGGCCAGCAGUCAUGGUGGCCGACUCGUAUCACAGAUCCGCGAGAGGUUGCAGGCCUCGCUACAACCCUACAUGAUCCCAGCUCAUAUCGUAGUGAUUGACCAAAUGCCUCUCAACGCCAACGGCAAAGCCGACCGAAAAGAGCUUACCCGGAGGGCCCAAGUAGCACUGGAGCCUGCGGCAGAAUUGGCACCCGCACCUAGAGUUCCGCUCGACGAGACAGAAACUAUGGUGUGUGAGGAGUUUUCAGAUGUGUUAGGCUUUGAUGUCGGCAUCACCGACAAUUUUUUCAAACUCGGUGGACACUCCCUCAUGGCUACUAAACUCGCUAUACGCAUCGGGCGUCGGCUGAAUGUUGGCGUGUCGGUAAAGGAUAUCUUCGAUCACCCGGCUCCUGGCCAACUCGCAAACAAGCUGAAGCUUACUCGCUCCGAGGGCGACCAUGUGGCUAACGGUCAACGAACGGCUAACAGCGCUUCAUUCCAGCUCCUUGACCUUGAAGACCCGCAGUCGUUUGUACAGCGAGAAAUACGUCCACAACUAGACCACUCCUGCGGCGAAAUCUUAGAUGUUUAUCCUGCUACGCGGUUGCAAAAGCGAUACCUCCAUUAUCCUUUAACAGGAAAUCCCUGGCCCCUAGCGCCUUUCAGUAUAGACUUCCCGCAGGAGUCGGACCUGGCCGGCCUCACCAGAGCCUGUAAAUCGUUAGUCGAGUAUUUCGACAUUUUCAGGACUGUUUUCCUGCCCGUCGCAGGUGAGCUUUACCAGGUCGUCCUGAAGCAUCUCGAUGUGCCUGUUGAGAUGAUACAGACCUCAGAAAACAUCGACGUCGCCACACAUGCAUUGCUCAAAAGGGCCUCACAGCAUCCAGUCACUUUAGGGCAACCAUUGCUCCGCAUUGCCAUUCUAAGGACACAUGGGUCGCCAUUACGCGUGAUCCUUCGCAUGAAUCAUGUCUGUUAUGAUGCCUUGAGUCUAGAGCACAUCCUGCAAGCUCUUCACGCUCUGUACAACGGAAACGAACCCUUAGCGCCGCCCGCAUUUCAUCAGUACAUGCAGCAUGCGGCGGACAGUCGUGAAGAUGGCUACGAGUUCUGGCGUUCCGUUUUACGGACUUCGUCGAUGACCAAGAUGGAAGAUAUCAGCGUCAGCGCUGGUCAAGAAAUUCCAACUAUUGGGACUUAUCAGGCGUCGAAGACUAUCCAUAUUCCUCGCCACGCAGGAGGGGGCAGUGGCAUUACACAGGCAACGGUUUUCACUACCGCCUGCGCUUUCAUGUUGUCGACGGAAACCGGAUCGAGGGACAUUCUUUUCGGCCGCCUUGUGUCUGGGCGGCAGGGCUUACCGGUGGCUUACCAAAACCUCGUCGGUCCAUGCACGAAUCAGAUUCCCGUGCGUGUUCGGCUAGAUGGAGCGGCCAACCUGAGAGAGCUACUCGCCCAAGUGCAAGACCAAUACAUCAACAGUAUACCCUUUGAGACAUUGGGAUUCGACGAGAUCAAGGAGCACUGCACAAAUUGGCCAGAUGAAGUAGAUAACUACAGCUGUAAUCUCGCAUACCAGAGCUUUGACUCCCACCCACAAAGUCACAUGGAAGGACAGGUGGUGCAGAUGGGUGUGCUGCCGCAGCUCGAAAACCUGGUGGAACAAGGAUUGAUUCAUGACGUGAAUAUCAUAGGGGAUGUCGACGUUGAAGGAUCUUGCCUGCAUAUCACCAUGUUUGUGAGCCGGCGAGUUUGCGAUGAAGGAAAAAGGGCGACAAACAUGCUCGAAGAGCUUUGCAACAGUAUCCAAAUAUUAAACUCGGCGCUGCAAGAUACGCACACCGCACGCUAGCUACUGGCCGGGGACUAGGGACUAUCCUUUUCACCUGAAGCGCCUAUCGAACUGCAGGACUACAUACAUACCUAUUACAUACAUGUAUGUAGGUAUGUACGAGAAUACCUAAUGGAUACUGUCCGAGGGCAAUUGUCAGAUUAGGCGAACCAAUUAAUUGAAAGUGUAUCAUAAGGUAUAUUGUUAUUAAGCAGAGUCUGCUUGGCUACUAGGGCAUUAUUACUUUUAUAAUAAUAAUAAUGGGCCUACACUUUACGUGGAUGUAACUUCAUAAGUAUUCCAGUCUUGGUGUAUUAAACCACGCACUCGCUACCGGCGGCAAAGCCGCUCCUAAACACAUGCCCUCUCAAGGCUGUAUAUCACUACUAUGCGUAUCAAUGCCAGCAUCCCCUAAAAGGGAAAUUGUUCAGCUAAUGCUUCUUAGAACAAACACGGCUACGCUUAUCCAUCCGUUCCUAAUUUUAAUCCUACCACCUAUAAAGUAGAGACAUAUAUUAGGAUAUUGUAACUUGCUUGUAUAAUACAUUAUAUUUAUUUCAUUAUUUAUUUUAUCACUAUUUAAUUGUUAGUUAAAUGAUCAUCAUUUAUAUGAAAUCACUGCUUUAGGUCAUUUAAAAGAACAAUAAGAAAGCCUUUUAACUUACUUAUUAUUCUCCAACGACUAAAA